AUGUUACCAUUAUGUAUUGGAAUUUUAGGAUACGGGGAGGUAGGCAGCUCUCUUGCACGCUACUUAUUGCAUAAUAAAGCUGUACUUGCAGAGCGAACAAACUGCAUUAUAGACAUAAAGAAAAUAUAUUCCCGUACUACGAAAAAAAUUAUCGAUUCUGGCGUCCCUGCUUCACUUAUCGCAGAUUCCUGGCAGGCUGUAGUAAACGAUAGUAGUAUAUCAUGCAUUGUCGAGCUUAUGGGUGGCACAGACACAGCAUUGGAAUGCAUUAGCACCUCUCUUAGGUUGGGGAAGAAUGUUGUUACAGCAAAUAAAGCAGUGCUUGCAGAGCAUGGUGCAAGUAUAUGGAAUAUUGCACGGAAACACAGUGCAUGUAUAGGCUUUGAGGCUAGCUGUGGUGGUGGAGUUCCUAUCAUCCGUGCUAUUACCGAUGGUCUUAUUGCCAAUAAAAUUACAUCCAUCAUUGCUGUAUUAAAUGGUAGCUGCAAUUUUAUCCUCUCUGAAAUGGAUCAAAAAAACAUUCCAUUUGACACAGCACUCGAUACCGCAACUCAACUUGGUAUGGUAGAAGCCGAUCCAGCACUAGAUAUUGAGGGGAAAGACGCAGCACAUAAAAUUGCUAUUAUGUGUAGCUUAGCGUAUAAUAGCCGAAUUGAUUUUAGCACUCUACAACAAAAAGGGAUUAGUGAAGUAGAAAACAUAGACAUGCAGCUAGGUAAAAAACUUGGGUACCGUAUAAAACUUAUUGCAGCUGGUAUAGAUCUAGGAAACGAACUGUGCAUUUGGGUGCACCCUGCCUUCCUUCCACACACCCAUCCUCUCGCCUCUAUUGACGGACCAUAUAAUGCAAUUAGUGUGCAUGGAAGCAUGGUAGGAAACACACUAUAUUCGGGUAGAGGUGCGGGAGGAAGGGCCACUGCUAGUGCGAUAGUCGCAGAUCUCAUAUCAAUAGCUAAUGGAAGUACAAAACAAAAUUUUAACAGCACAGUGCAGUGGGCAGAUCUUAAUACAUAUUCAAGGCAGGGGGAUAUGAAGCAAUUUACAUGUGCUGUGUACCUUCGUCUCUUUGUAGAAGACGAGCUAGGCGUACUCGCAAAAAUCGCCGCUAUUCUUGCUGAUAACAACAUAAGCAUUGCUCGUGUGCUGCAAGAAGAUUCCCCUCACAGUAGUAGUACUGAUGGAAAUGCGCAUUACGGUAACUCGGGCUACGCUACCCUUAUCGUUAUUACACACCUUACACAAUGGGGCAACAUUGAAAGAUCUAAGCAGGGAAUAGAAGCGCUCACUCAAGUUCAAUCACCUAUUGCCAUGUAUCCUAUCAUAGAACAGAUACAAGAUUAG